AUGCCAAAUAUAAAAAUCUUCAGCGGCAGCUCCCACCAGGACUUAUCCCAGAAAAUUGCGGACCGCCUCGGCCUGGAGCUAAGCAAGGUUAUGACCAAGAAAUUCAGCAACCAGGAGACCUGCGUGGAAAUUGGUGAGAGUGUGCAUGGAGAGGAUGUCUACAUAGUGCAGAUUGGUUGUGGUGAAAUCAACGACAAUCUAAUGGAGCUUUUGAUCAUGAUUAAUGCCUGCAAGAUUGCUUCAGCCAGCCGGGUUACCGCAGUCAUCCCGUGCUUCCCUUAUGCCCGGCAGGAUAAGAAGGAUGAGAAUCGGGCCCCAAUCUCUGCCAAGCUUGUUGCAAAUAUGCUGACUAUAGCAGGUGCAGAUCAUAUCAUCACCAUGGACCUACAUGCUUCUCAAAUUCAAGGCUUUUUUGAUAUCCCAGUAGAUAACUUGUAUGCAGAGCCAGCUGUCCUGAGGUGGAUAAGGGAGAAUAUCUCUGAGUGGAGGAACUGCAUUAUUGUCGCGCCAGAUGCUGGUGGAGCCAAGAGAGUGACCUCCAUUGCAGACAGAUUGAAUGUGGACUUUGCCUUGAUUCACAAAGAACGGAAGAAGGCCAGCAAAGUGGACCACAUGGUGUUGGUGGGAGAUGUGAAGGAUCGUGUGGCUAUCCUUGUGGAUGACAUAGCUGACACCUGUGGUACAAUUUGCCAUGCAGCUGACAAACUUCUCUCAGCCGGAGCCACCAGAGUUUAUGCCAUCUUGACUCAUGGAAUCUUUUCUGGCCCAGCCAUUACUCGCAUCAACAGUGCGUGCUUGGAAGCAGUAGUGGUCACCAAUACCAUACCUCAGGAGGAUAAGAUGAAGCAUUGCUCCAAAAUACAGGUGAUUGGCAUCGCCAUGAUCCUUGCGGAAGCCAUCAGGAAAACUCACAAUGGGGAAUCUGUUUCCUACCUAUUCAGCCAUGUCCCUUUAUAA